UGUUGCUAUCCAAACUGCAGCAGGUGCCUCGCGUCACCCGAGUGUUCUCUGAUACAUAGCGGCUGUUACGCCGUCUUUAGGGCGGCAAGUGGUACCAAGAAUACCAAAGCGUUACAUCGACGCCUUUGGCUAUUCACGGCAUGGAAAAGACCCUGGACGGUGGCACGGCCUUUGUGCCUGCCCAUCCGCAGCAUGCAUGCAGCUGUUCUCAAGCAAGCAACCGAAUCACUCGGCUUGCCGAAUCUUUUCAAGUUACCUGCCGAGUUGCUUGAUCAAAUUCAUGACAACUCCAGAGGAUAUUUCUUCUGGAGGUGCGUAUCAGCACUCAGGUUGGCAUUGGAUGAAUCGGGAGAUCUGGACGAUGCGCUUGAAGUUCUUCGCCUCAACUCAAUCGUUUCUUGGGAGCGUCAUGGCCUGCUUAAGUUAGCGCGUUAUGGGACACUGCCUCCAAUCAUCAGGAUUACCAUGGACGAAGAUGGAAUUAGCAAAGUGAAACGACUUCCUGCUAUCCCAUCCUACGACGGUGAGCAUCAUAAGCACUAUGCCUAUAUAGUGGUUCAUGAAGAGUGUAUGACGGUACUCUAUGUCGAUGCACCAUUUAACUUACAACCUUCACAGAACGGCCGCCUGCGCCUCCAAUUGCCCCGUGAAAAUCCAACAUUUGCCAUAUGGAAUACCCCAUGCCCGCCUUGCAUGUUAGACGGGGAUGCCCUCGGAUACACGCGAGACUCUUUCUUCAGUGCAAGUCUUCCCUGGAAUUUGUCUGGAGAUCACCUCUACGCUAUCGACAUGGCUUCCAUCACGGGUAUAACCUUCUUCUACUCUCAUGAUGAAUUGCUCGGCGUCCAUCCCCACUGUUCCUCCGGAGACACCGCUUCGUCGACCUUCGAGCGCUUAUCCUACAGGCUCAAGUCGCAGACUGUAUGGAUAUACCUGCCAAUUUCCAAAAGCGACCCGAUAACUUCCCUUGGGAUUAUUGUGAGCGAGCGUCCUGCUUCAAUCUUACGGAAUCCCAAGAUCGAGAUACAGAUAUGUACAGGGACGCAGUUAACGGGGGUUACGGUCAUUGGGUCACAACACACAGCCCCUGGCCCUGUGGAAUGCUCAUGGAAGUCCGCACCCAUUACUCUCGUUUAUGCAAAACCCCAAGAGCGACGUGGUGUGUGGCUAUCCAGCUAUGGCAGCAAUCAAUCUGCACUACUCGAGCUCCCUAUCACACCUGUUAUCCCUAAGCUAGGGGGAGAGACUGCAUAUUACUCUGAAGCACCCCUGGACAAUGUGUCGUCAGCUGUUCUUUUUCUUGACGAGAAGAAUAUUUACUGCAGAGGCAUUUUGUUCCGCUAUCUUGACGGGUCAUGUCGGGCCCUCGGGGAAUGCCGUGUUCAU